CUGUAUAAAACCAAGGAUUCCAUCAAGUGCGUAUGGGAGGUGAAUCUGGAAAUUGGCAUUUCUUGGGUUGUGGCAUACAUCGAUAAAACCAACGGACAGAUUAUAGGGUCCCAAGAUUGCUCGUCCUACUUUGUGAUUCCAUUAGGUGGCAUUGAUCCAGAUACUGUCCCACAAAUGCUUAUUUCAAAUCCCAUUGACAAGGAUUCUUCCCCACUUGGCUGGCAUGACGAUGGUCUCGGACAGGGACCAGUAUCUCAGUCUAAAGGCAACAAUGCAGUGGUUAAAGACAACAGAGCUUUGAAUGACGAUCCCAAUGUUGGAAUACUGACCGCUCCCGACUUUAAGUUUGAAUUUACAGCCGACUUUGCCACGCAAGAUCCGAGCCAGUACAUAUCCUCUUCUAUCACCAACAUAUUUUUCCUAGUCAACUUUUACCACGAUAUAAUGUUCAAAUAUGGAUUUGACGAGGUUUCUGGAAAUUUUCAAACAAGUAAUAUUGGCGACAAUGGAAAAUCUAACGAUGCUGUGGUUGCUAUGGUUCAGGAUGGUAGUGGUAAAAACAAUGCCAACUUUGCUACUCCUCCUGAUGGUGCAUCUGGGAUUAUGCGAAUGUUUACCUGGACUUCAAAGACUCCCAACCUUGACGGAUCCAUGGACAAUAGCGUUAUUAUUCACGAGCUUACUCACGGAUUAUCAACUCGAUUGACGGGUGGACCAGAUGACUCUAGUUGUCUUCAGCUGCAAGAAUCUAGCGGUAUGGGUGAGGGAUGGUCAGAUUUUUUGUCAUUGGCUCUCGAGGCAGUUGUGUCUGAUACACCCGAAACCGAGCUUCCUAUUGGCGGAUACUCGACUGGUAAUCGUAAAAAUGGCGUGCGAUCUGCUCCAUACACCACCAAUGUAAAUGUCAAUCGUAGAACAUAUGCUGACGCAGGUCGUACAAAUAGCGUUCAUAGUAUUGGCGAGUCUUGGGCCAUUGCACUUUGGGAGGCAUACUGGCUCAUGGUGCAAAAGCUUGGGUUUGAACCCAAUUUAAUGAACUCUGAAUCUGGCAAAGGCAAUACCGUAUUUUUAAAGCUUGUAGUUCAAGGAAUGAAGCUACAGCCCUGCAAUCCAACCAUGGUGAUUGCCCGCAAUGCCAUUAUUCUCGCUGACCAGCAACUGUUUGGAGGAGCCAAUUUUUGCGAAAUUCAAAAAGGAUUUGCCAAGCGAGGUUUAGGUGCAAAUGCUCAAUCUGGAGUAUUUGUCAACGACUUUACUGUAGAUCCAAAAUGCCAAUGA